CAUCAAGCAUAGUAGUUCGUUUUUCUUUUUUCCCCUUAAGUUAUGAUUCAACACGCACACGCGGUCGUGCACGGCAUGUCGACGUGGGCUGAGGUCUGAGAGCCGUGCAUGGAACAGCUGGUACCCAUCUGUGGCUUCUGCUUUUCCUGCUCUCGCAGCCGCUGUGCUGCCCCGAGUCGCUCCAGAGACGGAGCCCGUGAUUCGUAGCCUCCAACAUCUGAUCAAAGACGCACGUCUACCGGCAGAGUACAGGGAGCCAUAGCGCUUAAUACAUCAACACCGGUGACAUGACGGCGUCAGGUUUACUUUCGGGUAUCGACGUGGAUGUGCUGAUGGCAUGGGCAGCCACGAACCCGGCUGUGACCCGGCUGCUCUGGGUCCUGGUCCUGGUCUUGGCCACUCUGCUGGUCUGGGCGCUGUUCUUCUGCUGCUACGCCCGGAGCCGCGGCUCCUCGCCGGCGCUGGAGAGGUACCUGGAAGUUAUGGUGAACCAGUCCAAGGCAAAGAGUUCACGCCAGAAAAAGAAGAAGACGAAAGAGAAGCAUGUUGCCUUUCUCCUAGAUGAAGAAGACAAGGCGGAGGAGGCUGCCGUCUCUAAACAGGAAGCAGUCACGUCUAGACAGGAAGUUGUCCCCACUGGACAGGACAUGGUCGUACCCUCUGGACAGCAGGAAGCUCCAGGUCCUGGGCUGAGGAAGAGGAAGAGACGAGGCAAUAAAGCCGGAAUGGAAAAGAUGGCCGUCGAUGACACGGAAAAGGCCGGAGCGACCCCCCCCCAGCCCAUGGAGGAGUGGACGGGGCGUACCGAGCGCCGGCCCCUGGUGCGGGCGGCGUCCGAGGAGAGCUCCUGCGGCCUCGACCGGAGCGGCGGCAGCCUGGAGCGCGGCGGCCUGGAGCGCGGCGGCGCGGUCAGCUCGUCCCCGGUGCGCGGGGACACCCUGCCCUGGAACCUGCCCAAGCACCACCGCAUCAAGCGCUCCAAGUCGGCCUCCGGGGACGUCCUGGACGCCGCUGAGAGGGCCGUCUACCGCAUCGCAGGCUUCAAGCCCGGGGUCUGA